AUGGUUUGUAGCCAACGUCAGUUAAUUUUAUGCCCUGUUUGUGACAAACAUAUUCUCUAUUCCACGAUUAACGAACACCUGGAUGUCUGCACCAAUAGUGGCUCUAAGAAGGAUAAAGGUCAACAGACGACUUUACCUGAUAUUAUCAAUUUUAGAAAGAGGAAGUUUGACAGUACUGAAACCGUCGUAGUCGAGGAUGAUGCUGAUACUAAGGUUCCUGUGUCUAGUAGAGAAUCUGUUUCUGCUGAACUGUCUGAAGUUGACCAUGCAAUUGGAAAUGAUAACCCACCACUGAUAGAUCCUGAGUUGAAAGCUCUAAGGAAAGUAGCACAUUUACCGCUAAGUGAAAAACUGCGACCCAAGAAUCUGAAGGAAUAUAUUGGACAGCACCACAUAUUAUCGCAGGAAAACGGCAUUCUCUACAAAUAUAUUUCUCAGGGCUCUCUUCCAUCCAUGAUCUUAUGGGGCCCCCCAGGAGUGGGUAAAACGUCAUUAGCGAAAUUACUCACCAAAACGAUAAAUGAAGACUUUAAAUCACAGUCCAACUAUUGUUUAGUGGAAACCAGUGCUACGAAGAUAAAUGCACAAGAGUUGCGGGUGAUAUUUGAGAAUUCCAAAAAAGAAUUCCAUCUUACAAAACGAAUUACUGUACUUUUCGUCGAUGAAAUACAUAGAUUCAAUAAGGGUCAGCAGGAUUUACUAUUACCCACCAUUGAAACUGGGACUAUGGUAUUGGUUGGAGCGACUACUGAAAAUCCAAGCUUUCAAUUGAAUAACGCAUUGUUAAGUCGAUGCCAGGUGUUUGUCUUACGUCAACUUACAGCUGGUGAAAUGCAACGUGUGAUAGCUCGAGGAAUUGCCACAUUAAAUAAGUUCAGGCGUCUUAUAUGGAAUAUACCUACCCCAUUGAAGUUGGACCAAGAGUGUAUUUCUUAUAUCAACAAUGUAUCCAUCGGUGACACCAGGAAAGCACUGAAUGUGCUGGAAAUGAUUGAAAUUUCCACUAGAAAGCUGAACAGUCAAGAAUCCUUGGGACUAAAAGAUCUGAAAAAUAUUUUACAUGAUAAGAAAUCAGAUCUGACCACAUACUAUGAUGCGAAGGGUGAAAAACAUUAUGAUACAAUAUCAGCAUUCCAUAAAUCCGUCCGUGGUUCCGAUGAAAAUGCAGCGCUAUAUUAUUUGGCCCGGAUGUUACAAGGAGGGGAGGACCCAUUAUUUAUUGCUCGUAGGAUGAUUCGGAUUGCUAGUGAAGAUGUAGGUUUGGUUGAUAAUUCUCUUUUACCUUUGGCUAUAGCUGCACAUGAUGCCGUGAUGAAAAUUGGAUUGCCAGAGGCAGAUCUUUCGUUAGCACAUUGUGCUGUAGUACUUGCAAGAGCUAACAAAUCCGUGGAAUUAUACCGUGGAUGGAAUAGGGUCAAAGAAAUGGUUGCACAGAAUAAGUACCGAGCAGCAAGUAGUGAAAUUCCUUAUCAUUUACGAAAUGCAGAAACCCAACUCAUGAAAGAUUUGGGUUAUAGCAAAGGUUACAAAUACAAUCCUGAGUAUAAGAAUGGUAAAGUGGUUCAAGAGUAUUUCCCCAAAGAGUUGCAAGAACAGUGUGAAGAUAAAUCUGAACUACUAUUCCUAAAUGGUAUACAUUUAGGAAGCCGAAUAGACCCUGACUUAGAACAUGAUGAUGUUGGACAUGCUUCGGAACAUGUUCAAGAUGUCCAAUUAAAGGAAACGCACGAUAGGGAGACGAGCAGAGAAGGGUGA